GGCGGACAAGGUAUUUAGUUAACGGUUAACCUAGGAAAGUCCAAGGGUCUAGACUUAAGCGGGUCUGGACUAGACUCGUAACAGAACAAAAGGGACGAAGCGAAGCUGUCAUCACCUUCGACUCAACCUACUUCUACACUAUGGAUGGAAACAUCCGAUAAUACUGUCUUUGUCCUUGGUAUACAGUGGGAAAGCUUUGGUAAACGAUAAAAGGGAAACAAGGACCACUGGGUAAUACAAUGGAGUCGCCGCCGGAUAGCCCCGUCGCGCAAAGCGCUCAGAUGUCGCCCGACAGGGAUUAUUACCCCGGCCAGACUAAAUCUCUCGAAGGCAUCGCAGUCCGAUCGUUCUGCCUUGGUUUAGCACUUGCUUCGUCUGUAAUCACGAUGGUUCUGACCCUUGUUUACACAUCUUCUCCGUUGUGGCGCCUGCCUUUCUUCAUCGGCGCCUUGUCGACGUUCCACUUCCUCGAGUUCUGGACAACCGCCAAAUACAACACCCCCGUUGUGAGCAUUGGCUCUUUUCUGUUGACGGCGAAUUGGCCGGCUUACGCGAUUGCACAUACGGCGGCGAUGCUUGAAUGUUUCUUGACAAAUCUACUAUUUCCGAAUCGGUCUUGGGCCUUGUUCUAUAGCGGUCAUAUCAUCUUGCUGGUGGGCUGUAUCUUGGUGCUUGUUGGGCAGUUCGUUCGUAGUGCUGCGAUGAUCCAGGCCGGCCAAUCGUUCAACCAUACUGUCCAGCACCGCAAGAAAGACACCCACGCUCUAGUUACUACGGGGCUUUAUUCGUUCAUGCGCCACCCGGCGUAUUUUGGGUUCUUCUACUGGGGCAUAGGCACGCAGAUGGUGCUGGGGAACCCAUUCUGCUUUUUCGCCUACACGGUUGUGCUAUGGCAGUUCUUCUCGAAGAGAGUAAUACACGAAGAGGCGUUGCUGACUCGGUUCUUCGGUGAUGAAUAUCUAAUUUACAAAAGGAAAGUUGGGACACUGAUGCCGUUUGUUGGAAACUGAGUCGGUUAUAUGCCCACUACUACUAUGUACAUAGUGGUCUAGAUGUAGUUUAUCAUGUGGGUAAUGGCGUUAAGGCUGGUGGUUACGAUAUAAUAUGAACAGAGUCACAGUACCCCUUGCACAGGACAUCCAAAAGCCGGAAAUCGUUGUUAUGGUCUAAGGGUGGAUGAAUUAAUAGUAUGGACAUAAUUGGGAAUUGGUAAAAACUGUAUUGAUAUCACUAUGGAUAGUCUAUAAUAAUAGGCAUCAUGAUGUAUCACUGG